UUUUUGUUCCUUUCCAUCUGAGUUUUUAUUGGACAUAGGGAAAGCAAUUUAUUUUUUAGGAUUAAGAUAAGUUAGGGUCUUCUGAUCCCUUGCACUGACUGUUCAAUUCAGAUGAGUUUACUUCAGACAGAGAGAAUUCUUCAAAAUCAGCUUCUUUGUUAAGCAAGCGCAAGAAGUUGCACUGCCAUUUUGGAUAUUUCUCUGGCUGCCAGGUAUCCUAUCACUUUUAACUUGAGAUGGUGAAUAUGCCAGACUUUUCUCAUUCAUCACAGAGUUCCUUUCUAUUCAACUGUCUCCUCUUCCUUCUCUGUCUCAUGGAGCUGAAUGCAGAAGAAGGAAAAGUGAUUGGUCAUAGAGAACCAAUUCUGGCCAUGGUUGGGGAAGAGGUGGAGUUUCCUUGCUACAUAUCUUCCACACUGGAUGCAGAAGACAUGGAAAUACGUUUUUUCCGCAACAAAGUCUCUGAAAUUGUCUUUAUCUACCAAGAUAGGCAGGAGCUAUUCAACAAACAAAUGGUAGAGUACCGGGACCGGGCACACUUAGUAAAAGAUUACAUCCAGGAAGGGAGUGUAUCCCUCCGUCUCUUCCACAUUAUUCCUGCUGAUGAGGGUCAAUAUGGAUGCCUCUUUCAAUCCAAGGACUUCUCUAACAGUGCUACCUGGGAGUUGGAAGUUGCAGGACUGGGCUCAGAUCCACAUAUCUACUUUGAGGGCUUUGAAGAAGGAGGCAUCCAACUAAGAUGUAGUUCCAAAGGCUGGUACCCCAGACCAAAAGCAGUAUGGAAAGAUUAUCAAGGACAGCAACUACCCUCCCUAUCAGAAGCUAUAACCCAAGAUGCUCAGAGACUGUUCCACUUGGAAAUAUCUGUGGUGGUCAAAAAGGGAGCUCAUACUAAUGUGACAUGUUCCAUCCAGAACACCCUCUUAGUGCAGAAGAAAGAAUUUACAAUUCAUAUAGCAGAUGUAUUUUUACCAAAAAACUCUGCCUGGAGAGGAGCAUUCAUUGGAACCUUCAUGGGGCUAGCUGUCAUUCUGGUCCUCUUCAUGAUUCUGGCAUUCUAUUUCUUUCAGAAGCAACAAAGAUCCAAAGAAAAACUGAAGAAAAAAUCAGAGAAGGAAAAAGGAAAACUCACAGCUGAGCUGGGUAAACUUCAGACAGAAAUUGACUGGAGAAGGGCAGAAGGACAGGCUGAGUGGAGAGCAGCCAGAAGAUAUGCAGUGAAUAUAACUCUGGAUCCAGACACUGCUCAUCCCAGCCUUAAGAUUUUAGAAGAUGGCAAGAGUGUUAUUUAUUGGAAUAUAAAGCAGGAUCUAUCAGAUGAUCCUAAGAGAUUUGAAGACCAACUUUGUGUCCUUGGUCAGGAGGGUUUCAUCUCAGGGAAGCACUACUGGGAGGUAAGAGUGGGGGAGAAAAGUAGGUGGUUCUUGGGUGUGUGUCAUGACUCAGUGGAACGAAAACAGGAGGUAAAGCUAUGCCCUGGGAAAGGAUAUUGGGUACUAGGGUUGUGGAAUGGUUGUGAAUACUUUAUUUUCAAUCCUCAUCGAAUAUCUCUAACACUGAGAGUGCCCCCCAGGCGAGUAGGAGUCUUUCUGAACUAUGAAGCUGGAACAGUUUCUUUCUUCAAUGUGACUGACAACUCCCACAUAUUCACCUUUACUGACAAAUUCUCUGGGAUUCUUCGCCCCUAUUUCAGGCCCCGAUCUCAUGAUGGAGGAGAAAAGGUCAUUCCUUUGACCAUCUGCCCAUUACCCACCAAGGGUGAUGGAGUAGCUGCCAAAGAUGAUGAUGAUUGUGACACCUGGUUACAACCCUAUGAUUUAUCAGAUAACACUGAAAAUGGGUGGUAAGGAUCCUUAAGUACUGGGCAGGGUACUUUCUCAAAAUAUGCUAUUUAAGCUUUGGGGAAAAUCUCCAUUGUCUAAGUCUCCCAGAAAAUAAUAGAACUUAUAUAAGCACAUAAAUAUGAUAGAUCUGAAUUAUCUAUCAUCAUGGAACACAGGAAGAGCACAUAUUAAUUAGAGGGCAUUAUUCUCCUCAAUUUAGCUAAUAUUUUAGGUGUUACUUCUCCUAACCCCACUUUCCCAAUAUUUUUUUUAAGAGUUGCUCAUGAAUAAUUAGAACUUCUUCUAUAUCCUUGCUCCCUAUUCUCAGACAUAUCCACUCUCUAGUCAUAAGUCAUCAGUAUGUCAAAAGAGCAGGCAACAAAGGGAAAGAAAUGAGAGGAGUGUAGACAUUCAUGUAAUAAUCAUCUUAAUGAACCAAAAAGGGAAAUGUUGAUUAUUCAUAAGCAACUAAUUAUCCCAUAGGAAAGAAAUGAUUAUAACUUACACAAUAUAUUGUGGAUUUAUUUUUAAAAGAAUAUCUAUUGCUAAAUGUUUGGUAAACAGAAAGCUAAAAAUAAGUAAAGGUAUUUUUUUAAAGCUUAACUUUGGGAUUUAUUUAACUAGCUGCUUUCAUGUUCUUAGUGAUCUCAUGUGGAAUAUUUAACCAAGUUUUGGUAUUUACAUUGUAAUCAGAUGAAACAAUUUUUUAAGUUAAUCUUUAAUACUGUAAUAAAAAGGAUAUAUCCCACUCUCUUAUAUACAAAUUUCUUUCUAUACAAUCAGGCAAAUUAAGUUUAUUCCUAUCUAAAAUUAGGGAGAAUUCAAUUCAAUUUAAUAACAUAAAAUAUUUGUAUGUUUUUUAUGCAGCACACAUAACAUCUGAUCUUUGUUCCUUUCUAGAUUAAGAUUGAUAAAUACAGUAAUACAAAGCAAAGGUCAUCAACUGCAAUAUUGUUCAAUGUCCUUUUGAGGAAUACUGAAGCUUUAGGGAAACUUGUAUGGCGCUGGUGCAAGCUGCCAAGGAAGGAUAUGAUGGGUGUUAAAAGGGAUUUAGUCUUUACAACCUAAAUAUUAACUGCAUCUGGGGAAAUUUUUGAUGCAGAGAUGUUAAAUAAGGAAGUAGGCUUACUGUCUGGUUUCUGUCAACCCUGUUUACACAAAAGCCUAUAAAAGGCUUGAUGUCUCCUUUGUUAAAUAUCACCUGCUUUGGAUAGAAAUCCUAUUUCCAAUCCAAUAAUUCUCCAUUUUAAAUUUAAAAAUCUCUAUUGGCCUCUAUAUUGUGGCAUAACAGUAGAUUUUCUUUUCCUUAGUGUUUUCCUGCACUUUCAUAUAGAUCAAAGGAAUGGGAAGUAUAAAGUUAAAUGGUUUCGGGGGAUAAUGGAAAAAGAAUUUUUUUGAAUUAGUUGGAGUCAUUCAAUGUAAAACUGCAAAGGAAUAUUUAAAAUAGAAAGUCGGUUAUUAUGGGAAACAUACCAGAAGACGAUCACAGAACAUGGGGAAGCUUUAGAAAUACUGGAUCUUACGUAUGCAGCAUGAAUAGUGAACUAUCAACUUGCAUUUAUUCAAUAGUCCUGUGUAAAUUUAUAAUGAUGAUAAUUGGGCAGAUCUGUGAGUUCAUGGGUGUAAUAAAUUUCCAGUAAGAAGCUUCUAUACUAAUACAGAAUGGCAACUAUUCUGCAGCUUAAGGUAUUAGUUAAGUAAUUUGCUCAGAGUAUAGUACAGAGAGGUAACACUGGAGAUAUUACAUUUACUGCCUUUGUGUAUUUAGUCUAAUCCCCUCAUUUUAGAGAUAAAAGAAUCUGAGAAGAACUAGUAUAACGUUAUUUAGGAAUUAACAAGGGAGACUUCAUGACACUAGUAGCUAAAUUUGGCCUAGGAAAAAAAGAAUUUGAAUAGUUUGGAAUGGGGAGGUUACAGACAUGGAACCCUUUCCUAGGAAGAUGAGAACAAUAACUUAAAAGAAUAUGGUGUAAUCUAAUGGGAAAAUGAGUUGAAAGUGCUAUUCUGUCAAUUCCAGUGGAUUUAUGCCAGAAGGAUAGGAUGCUUUACCUGUGGUAUUUCAAUUCAACCUGUCCCAGUAGACAUAUUGAGAUGAAUUUGGGGAUUACACUUUGGAGUCUCUUUCUAGUCUCUGUUCAAGAGAAUUGAGAGUCUAUUGCCUUUCAGAGACUCUUCAGGUUCUUACAUAAUCUAAGAGUAUGAUUUAAUCUUAGAAAAAAAUAUACAAUCCCAUUGGAUGCUUUGCUCUCCUCCCCCAUUCCUACUCAACCUCUUUCCCAAUGGAUCACUCACAUAUAAAAAUUAUAAGAAUUGAAAAACCUUUACUGAAUUAAAUUGAAAGUGAGUACAUUACAUUCCAAGGCAUCUUGAAUAAGACAUAGUUGUUUAUAGUAGUCUCUACUUUCUAGUUUGUAUAAGUCUCUUUUUGUUUGUCUCUUACUAUGAGAGAUAGUGUUCACCAAAAACUUACACCAAAUAGCACUUUGGUGAAUCAGCCACAAGAAGAAAGUGGUCGUUGACUCUCUGCUAUAUCAUUCACCUAGUCUCACCUGUGGUCAUCAAUAAUCAUCAAUCUUUGACCCCUAUAGCAAUGACAUUCUCUUUCUGAUUCAUGCCCCAGUGAAAGAAGAAACCAGUAUUAAAGGGUCAUAGGUCAAGUGUACAGGGAACAGGAUUUCAAAUGAUAACUGGGCCAACAAAGAAAGAAAUUAGUAUUUAUUAAAUGUUUAUGUGCCAGGCUUAACAGAUUUUUCAUUUGAUCCUCAUAACAACACUCUAAAGUAGUUGCUGUUAGUAUCCUAACAACAGGCAUAGGUGAAACGACUUGCUCAGGUUCACAUCUAGUAAGUAUUUGAAGCUGGAUUUGAAUUCAAGUUUUUCUAUAUCUAGGCCCAGGGAUCCUUCCUUUGUGUCACCUAGCUGAAUCUGUAACACAAAUUCUAUGAAAAAGAAUUUGAUUUACUCUCCAAAUUAACAUUCUCCAAGUAGAAGAGAUACAUUCUCUAUUUUUAUAUAAUUUACUUUAAUGCUUUUUUCAGUGUUAAUUAGUUUGUAAAUAAUAAUUUUUCAGUAUUAAUUUAUGUCUAGAAUUUCUCCCAUAUUUUGAUAUCUUCCUCUCCUCUGGAGAUCUUGUAUAUUCAUCUAUCCUGUAUUCUGAACAUACCCAGAUGCAGCUGAAAUAAGUCUUCUAAAACUUCCAGGCUAGGAGAAUCUUUCUUGUCCAUGCUUAUCCUUCCUUGUCCAUCCAUCUAGAGGAUGAAGAUCACAGUUCACUUACAGAGUUGAUUUCUCCAUGACUAAACUGGUGAGAAAAGAAGGAUUUUCUUCCCCUGCUUUCCUCUUUAACCCCUGCUCAGAGAAACAAGCCUGGGGCUAUUUGUUUCUAUUUGUGCCAUUUAUCCUUCUUAGCUUUCAGGUACUAGUGAUGAUCCCCAAGAGGUCAAGCUAUGGAGAGCUGGAGCUUGGGAUUCUAGGCAUGAUAUUGUAGUCAGCCAACCCAAAAGGAAAGCCCCUGAAAAGCCAGGGAUUUAUUCAGUAACCCAACUCUCCAGAGGAGUUUUGGACUUGGAAGUGGUACUGUAUUCUAUGGGAACUAAAGUCUAAAUUUAAUCCCUUUCCCUUCCUCUAAGUCUGAGAAUGGUAUAAGGGGAAAAGAGGAGGAUUUAUACUUCCCAUGUGUUGAGAGAAUAAACUUGUAUAUUUGUGAUCAUAUCUAUGUGUGUGUGGGGAGGGGGUGGUGAUGGUGAGGCAAUUGGGGUUAAAUGACUUGCCCAGGA